AUGUCGAAUUCAGCCGGCAGUAUGGCGUUCUUCAGUCAAAUUCAAGGUGGCAUUCAGCAACUCAAGCAGAAAACGACGGAGUUUGCCGAACAGGCGGCGCCGUCGAUCGGCGCUUCUCUCAAUUCGCUCAAGGAGGCGCCGAAAUUCAUGGAGAACGCGUUCAAAAGCGGCUUGAAUAAGGUGAAGCUCGACUCGCUCGGCAAAGUUUUGAACGUUCCAUCGCUGGGACGAUGCCAAUCGCCGAUCGACAUCGUGCCGGUCAUCACCACAUUCGGCGAGCAUUUGCAGAACGCGCACUUCGAGGUCGCCUAUGAGAGAAACGGCGAGUUCAAAGCGGCGAAUGAUGGAAAUUCGGUUUGGCUUCUUCGCGAUGGCAACGCCUCGGAGUUGGCGAUCUCGUUCAUUCCCGAAGAGCAAUAUCAUCUCGACGCCGUCAACUUCCAUUGGGCCACCGAGCCGAUGAACGGCUCCGAGCACACGAUUGGCGGCGUCGGCUACGCCGGCGAAAUGCACCUGAUCCAUCGGAAUACGCGAUUCGCCACAAUGGCCGAAGCGCUGAAACAGCCGAAUGGGGUCAUCGCCAUCGCGGUGUUCUUGAAUGAGUCUCACGACGACAACGCGGCGUUUGCGCCGUUCAUCGACAUUCUGCCGAGCAUUCAUUAUAAGGGAAGCGAGUGCAAAUUGUGCUCGUUCGACUUUCAAGAGUUCUUUCCGCCGGCGGAGAAGACGAAAGAGUUUUGGUUGUACGAGGGCUCGGAGACGGUCGAGCCGUUUCGCGAGACGAUCAACUGGAUUGUGAUUCGCGCGGCGAUGCCGAUCAGCUCGUCGCAAUUGGACAAACUGCGAGCGGUUCGCGCCGGCUGCUACGACGAGGAGACGUCCGACAAACUCGCGAUGAAGCCGCUGCGCGAAAUUCAGCCGGCCAACUCGCGCACCGUCCUCAGCAGCUUUCGGUCGGUCGCCGGCGCGCCGGACCUCGGAUUUCGUCAGUGA